UUGGGUUUAUAAAGAAAAAAAUUGAGGUAAAUAAAACAACUUGAUCGGAAAGGGCAGCGCCUUUCUGUUGGCCAAGCGGCGAUCAUGGAGAGAUGAACUUUGUUAGCUGUAGAUGGGAGUGAUUAAAUAAUAAAAUCGGGGUUAGUUCUGAGCUUUAAUGAUAACAUGCUACCUUCCAGGAUCCAAUGUUCAACACCAGGCCUUCAAAUGGAGGUCGAUAAAAAGAUGUUGUUAAAUCGCGGGGGAGGAUGGGCUCUAAAAACCACUGUCAUACUUGUUGCGGUUACAGAAUACUUGAAGGAUAUUAAGGAUAUUGAUUUUGUGGCCAAAACUGAUAAAAAUGAUAAAAGAUCUAUGAAUCCUUUUAACAUUGGUAGUUGGGUAAGAUAUGUAGAGAGCUAUAAAAACUUUAGGAGUUGUGACAAUGACCAAACAGGCAAAUUUGGUACUUCCUUAGUGAAUUCUACAAGACAAAGAACCUAUGGAUUGAGGCUAUAUAUCGUUGAAAUGAGAAUUAUGGGCGUAUUUUAA